AUGGCGGAAAUGAUGGUGACCGCCGCUUCCACUAGUGUGAUGGGCUCCGUCAUCGGCAAGCUGGCCGCCAUGCUCACCGCCAAGUACAAGCUCGCCAAAGACGUCGAGCGUGGGAUCCGCUUCCUGCACGAGGAGCUGAGCACCAUCGAUGCCGUUCUUCGGAUGCUCGCGGACAAGGAUGACAACCAGAUCGAUCCACACGCCAAAGACUGA